GAGAGAGGUGGUGGUGACGGUGGUGGUGGUGACGGUGGUGGUGGUGGUGGUGGCGGUGGUGGUGGUGGUGGUGGCGGUGGUGGUGGUGGCGGUGGUGGUGGUGGCGGUGGUGGUGGUGACGGUGGUGGUGGCGGUGGUGGUGGGCUGGUGGUGGCGGCGGGGGUGGUGGCGGCGGGGGUGGUGGCGGUGGGUGGUGCUGGUGGUGGCGGUGGCGGUGGCGGUUGUGGCGGUGGUGGUGGUGGCGGUGCUGGUGGCAGUGGUGCUGGUGGUGGUGGUGCUGGUGGUGCUGGUGGCGGUUGUGGCAGUGGUGGUGGUGGUGGUGCUGGUGGUGGUGGUGGCGGUGGUGGUGCUGGUGGUGCUGGUGGCGGUUGUGGCGGUGGUGGUGGUGGUGGCGGUGGUGGUGGUGGUGGCGGUGGUGGUGGC